UCAGUCCUCGCUUGUAACGGACAUCACCAUCUAAAAGUCCGAUAAUCAACAGCGUAGCCAAUGCAUCGAAAGAACUUAUAGCGGAUAACAAAUAAAUCUUUCUUUCUAUAAUGGAGCGCCGGUCCAAAACUCGAGCGACGCUUGCCUGCCUUCCUUGUCGCAACCAGCAUCUCAAAUGUGAUGGCACACGUCCUACUUGCUCCCGAUGCCAAGGCCUGUCCAGAAACUGCGCAUUUCCCGAAUCGCGUCGAAGCGGUAGCUAUAAAGCAAAGUCAAGAAAAACGUGGGCUCAAGAUUUCCAGCCGCAUAAUUUGACACCCACCGAUAGCCUUACAUCGCUUGGUCCGGAACUACAACAGCCACCAUCGGAGUCACUCUCAAGCUUUGGAGUGAUGGAGAGUCAACACGAUGGGGGAAUCGAGCUUAUCGAUUUGUAUUAUGAGAACUUUCACCCUUGUCAUCCUUUUAUCCUGCCGAGGUCAGCUCUUGAAGCGAGGUAUGCCGCUGGAUACCCUAACAUUCAGCAUGUCAUGGCUGCUGUUCAACAUAUUGGCUCUUUCUACACGAGGCAACCCUGCCAUUGGAAUCCAAGAUUCUCUUUUGGGGCAGACGGAACAGAUAGAUGGAUUCACCGUGCAGGCGACCCUACUCACGGCAUUGGCAAAGAGCAUGUGCGCGGAGCAGGGCCCUGCCGAUGAACUACUAUUGAAGGCAAUGCACCAAGCAAACCUCAUUGGCAUGGAUACCAAGGCACUUGCAGACAUUGUUUCUGAAAGCGAUCCGGUGCUCGCAGAAAGUUGGAGGCGCACAAUGUGGAUGUUGUACGUGAGCGACGCAAACUUUGCCGUUAUCCGACAGGACUAUACCUUGAGGCUGAAGGACAUGAGCUUCGACGUGGAACUACCAUGCGAAGAUAAGGAGUACAAUGAAAUGCUUAUCCUGCCGACAAGAACGACAUUUGCAGAGUAUCAUAACCGCGAGUACGACAUGCAAGAAAAAUCGUUUUCAUCGUUUGCAUACUACAUCGAUGCAAGUGUAAUAUUUGCUACCACACUCCACGCAUCGCUCAAGUUCAAGACGACAUCUAAAGCAGAGACACUGUGUGAUGACCUCGAGGCCAAGAUCGCUGGCUGGUUUGCCAUGCUACCGCCAAGUAAACGAGAUCUCGAUGUUCGGCCUGCCUUUUUGGAUCAGCUGAUUUUCCAAUCACAUAUGAUGAUGUACACAUGUCUCGCUUACAUACACAGGCCCUUCUCCACCCUUCGAUAUGACCCUAUUGAAGCAAUCUCAAGCUGCGGGUCGCCUCCCCCUCCGCUGUUCUUAGGAAUCAGCGGUGGAAGCGGACUGAACCGUCAGUCACAUCUGCAAAAGCUCUUGCAAGCCAUCCGCAAGCAGAACCAGUGCCUUAUCAUCCUUCCCGUCGGCUCAGCCCAGCUAUCCCCUUUCGUCAUCUGUAUGGUUGCCUGCUGCACCAUUGCUCACCUCGUAGCUUGCAAGUCGGCACUACCAGAAGAUGAAGCCGAAGUAGCCCGAUCCCGGAUCCGCGUUUGCCUUGGCACGCUCAGGCAUUAUGAGGGCAUAUGGCCGAGGGCCAAGAAGAUAUUACUAGAACUCAAGAGAAUCGCCAAUUCCAUUCUCCAAACUGAGAUGGUCACCUUGCAGUUUCAGUCCGCCUAUACUGAAGUCUCUGCAGGUCAGCAAGACACCACCAUUGGGGAUUUAUUUGAAGAAGAGUGGCUUGAUGCUCUGAGGGAUUUGACAUGAGGGGAGACAGUGGAGGACGUGUUGUAUUAAAGAUCGUAAAGUGAAGCUGUAGUGGCAUGGACUGAGCUGAUGAGUAAACAAAUGAAAAAUAUUAAAGAGCAAAAGCGGUGCUAGAGCUUUCUCGGUGAUUUGUUUUUCUAUGUAUCAUCUAGUCUACUAUCAAUAAAAGUGAUAGACCAAGUA